AUGAAAGAGCUCUUCUGGGCGGCGCGGCACGGCAGGGUGGCCGAGAUUGGCGAGGCUCUCGCCGCCGGCGCCGACAUCGACUGGCGUCACCCGGUCGAUGGCCGCACUCCGCUCGGCGCCGCCGCAGCCUUUGACCAGCUCGAGGCGCUCGAGGCACUCCUCGCCGGCGGCGCGGCGUUGGAGGCGCGCGAGUCCGAGACGGGACUGACGCCGCUCGGGGUUGCGGUCCUCGAGGGAUCGGCGCGCUGCCUCGGCGCGCUGCUGCGAGCUGGCGCCGAUGUCGACGCGACGGAUGCCGACGGGUGGACGCCGCUGAUGCACGCGGCGGCGCGGAACCAGCUGUUCGAGGCGCAGAGCCUCAAGGCUGCGGGCGCCUCGCUCGGGGCCAACGUGGACGGUGUCGGCGCGCGGGAGCUCGCCGCCUCCGAGGGCCACGACGCAGUGCUUGCGCUCCUCAGCCAGGCGCAGCCGCCAUCCGCCGCCAAGCUCGAGUCCAGCGGGCCCGCCGCGGCGGCCACGACGCCGCAGCUCACCGACAGCGGCGCGGCUGUGAUGGCUUCGGCGCCCAUCGCCGCACUUUUGCAGGAGGGUGUGGUGUACCCGCCGCUGCUGAUGGCCCUCUCCACGACGCCCAUGCUGCAGGCUGCCCUCGUGCAGCACUUGACGGGAGGAGGCACCGCGGCGGCAGAGGCGCUGCUCGGCGCGAUCGACCGCGCGGGCGCCGCCAACGGGAUCCAAGGCGCCCAGGCCGCCUUCUUCUCGCUCCUGAACGGGCCCAACAAUGGUUGCAUGGCUAGCGGCGGGAUGGGCGGGAUGGGCGGCAUGGGCGGCGGCAUGGGCCAUGGUAUGGGCCAGGGUAUGGGCCAGGGCAUGGGUCCGGGUAUGGGUCCGGGCAUGGGCAUGCACGCCGGCGCACUCGACCCGCGCCGCCGAUGAGGACGGCUGUAGCGCUCCCCCGAGAGUUGGCGACUAUCUCCACAAGUUGCGGCGCCGUGUCGUCGUCAUAAGCAGAAAAA